GAGGCGGUGACAAUGGGAGCGGCGCGGGCGGCGCCGGGAGGCAGCUGACAGGCGUCUGCGGCUUCGCUUCAUGGCCGCCCUCCCGCCCAGCCUGGGCUCUGUGGGGAGUGGGGGAGCCCGCGGCGGCCCAGAGCCAGAGCUGGCGAGCCGAGUGGGGACGUGUGCGCGGCGCCGCUGAGGCGCAGCAUGUGAAGAGGAGACGGCUUCCAGUGCGAGGCGAGCCUCUCAGCCGGCCGGGAUGGCUACGACGGCCGAGCUCUUCGAGGAGCCUUUUGUGGCAGAUGAGUAUAUUGAACGACUUGUGUGGAGAACCCCAGGAGGUGGCUCUAGAGGGGGUCCUGAAGCUUUUGAUCCUAAAAGAUUAUUAGAAGAAUUUGUAAAUCAUAUUCAGGAACUACAGAUAAUGGAUGAAAGGAUUCAAAGGAAAGUAGAGAAACUAGAGCAACAGUGUCAGAAAGAAGCCAAGGAAUUUGCCAAGAAGGUACAGGAGCUCCAGAAGAGCAAUCAGGUUGCCUUCCAACAUUUCCAAGAACUAGAUGAGCACAUCAGCUACGUAGCAACCAAGGUCUGUCACCUUGGAGACCAGUUGGAAGGGGUAAACACACCUAGACAACGGGCAGUAGAGGCUCAGAAAUUGAUGAAAUACUUUAAUGAGUUUCUAGAUGGAGAAUUGAAAUCUGAUGUUUUUACAAAUUCUGAAAAGAUAAAGGAGGCAGCGGACAUCAUUCAGAAGUUGCACCUAAUUGCCCAGGAGUUACCUUUUGACAGGUUUUCAGAAGUAAAAUCCAAAAUUGCGAGUAAAUACCAUGAUUUAGAAUGCCAACUGAUUCAGGAGUUUACUAGUGCUCAAAGAAGAGGUGAAAUCUCCAGAAUGAGAGAAGUAGCAGCAGUUUUGCUUCAUUUUAAGGGUUAUUCCCAUUGUGUUGAUGUUUAUAUAAAGCAGUGCCAGGAGGGUGCUUACUUGAGAAAUGAUAUAUUUGAAGAUGCAGCAAUACUUUGUCAACGAGUGAACAAACAAGUUGGAGAUAUCUUUAGUAAUCCAGAAACAGUACUGGCUAAACUUAUUCAAAAUGUAUUUGAAAUCAAACUACAGAGUUUUGUGAAAGACCAGUUAGAAGAAUGUAGGAAGUCUGAUGCAGAGCAGUAUCUCAAAAAUCUCUAUGAUUUAUAUACAAGAACCACAAAUCUUUCCAGCAAGUUGAUGGAGUUUAACUUAGGUACUGAUAAACAGACUUUCUUGUCUAAGCUUAUCAAAUCCAUUUUCAUUUCCUAUUUGGAGAACUAUAUUGAGGUAGAGACUGGAUAUUUAAAAAGCAGAAGUGCUAUGAUCCUGCAGCGCUAUUAUGACUCAAAAAACCAUCAAAAGAGAUCCAUUGGCACAGGAGGUAUUCAGGAUUUGAAGGAGAGAAUUAGACAACGUACCAACUUACCACUGGGGCCAAGUAUCGAUACUCAUGGGGAAACUUUCCUAUCUCAAGAAGUGGUGGUUAAUCUUUUACAAGAAACCAAACAAGCCUUUGAAAGAUGUCAUAGGCUCUCUGAUCCUUCUGAUUUACCAAGGAAUGCCUUUAGAAUUUUUACCAUUCUUGUGGAAUUUUUAUGCAUUGAGCAUAUUGAUUAUGCUUUGGAAACAGGACUUGCUGGAAUUCCUUCUUCAGAUUCUAGGAAUGCAAAUCUCUAUUUUUUGGAUGUUGUGCAACAGGCCAAUACUAUUUUUCAUCUUUUUGACAAGCAGUUUAAUGAUCACCUUAUGCCACUAAUAAGCUCUUCUCCUAAGUUAUCUGAAUGCCUUCAGAAGAAAAAAGAAAUAAUUGAACAGAUGGAGAUGAAAUUGGAUACUGGCAUUGAUAGGACAUUAAAUUGUAUGAUUGGACAGAUGAAGCAUAUCUUGGCUGCAGAACAAAAGAAAACGGAUUUUAAGCCAGAGGAUGAAAACAAUGUUUUGAUUCAAUAUACUAAUGCCUGUGUUAAAGUCUGUGCUUAUGUAAGAAAGCAAGUGGAAAAGAUUAAAAAUUCCAUGGAUGGGAAGAAUGUGGAUACAGUUUUGAUGGAACUUGGAGUACGUUUUCAUCGACUUAUUUAUGAGCAUCUUCAGCAAUAUUCCUACAGUUGUAUGGGUGGCAUGUUAGCAAUUUGUGACGUAGCUGAAUAUAGGAAGUGUGCCAAAGACUUCAAGAUUCCACUGGUAUUACAGCUUUUUGAUACUCUGCAUGCACUUUGCAAUCUUCUGGUAGUUGCCCCAGAUAAUUUAAAGCAAGUCUGCUCAGGAGAACAACUUGCUAAUCUGGACAAGAACAUUCUUCACUCCUUCGUACAACUUCGUGCUGACUAUAGAUCUGCCCGCCUUGCUCGACAUUUCAGCUGAGGUUUAAUUUACAAGGGAAACAUGUUGUACUUCAGCAGGCCUUGAUUGAUAGAAAGCACAGGAGAUUUCUUAUGACACAGCCAACAUUUUAUGGAAAAAUGACUGUUUAGAGAAACAGCAGCCAUACUUGCCCUUGAGAUUUUAUUUGAAAUUUGGACACUACCAGCCAUAUUUUGCUUUUUCCCCUUAAGUUGAAUUUUAAUUCCAUUCUUGAACUUAUAAAUUUCAAAUUCUGUGAAACUACAUGUCACUCUUUUCAUCCUGGAAAAUGUUGGUGUCAGAAGACAAAUGAGAUGUUCUCAGUGUUCCAGUUGACGUUCUUUAACAUUCUAUUGGGAAAUUUCACCAUCCUAUUUUGCAUUAAUGGUAAAAUAUACCAAAACUGCAUUUAUUAUUUACCAGUUUUUAAUGACCUUUUCAGCACUUGGUAAUUGUUAAACAGGUUAAUUUAUGUUUUCCUAGAGAACUUUUGCCUCUUUCAAAAGGUUAAUAAUUGAGCAUAAUUUCUGUAGUUGGUUAAUUGGAUUUUUUCCUGAGGUACAACAAUAAUAUUCCAAGAAAAAUGUUAUAAACUAAACUAAAAUUAUGAAAUGUUUUAUGUAGAUAUUAGGAGUGGAUCAGAAUACAUCUGCUUUCUGGGUAAAAAAACUUAAAAGUUUACUAUUUCUUAUUUCGUAAACAGAUUUUAAGCCAAUACUAGCAAGAAAUUAAUGAGUCUACCUUACUUUAUAUUUCACUUAAGAUAAGGUGGAGGACCUUAACUAAAGGACCAUAUUUAUUCAUUAUUUUAAUAUUAUAAGGGAAGUAAAAUGAGGUGUAGUCUAAAGGUGAAUAUGAGAAAUAUUGACAGUGUUUAGCAACAGUGCAGUCCUUUAAGAUUUCUUUCUUAAUGCUAAACUGGAAUAAGAUGGAAUGGCUAAACAUAAGUAAUCUAUUUUAAGGGGAAUCAGGAAUUGAUAGAUAGUGUUAUAUAUUCUAAGUCCGGAGAUGAGCUUUGUAAAAACCGGUUGCUUUUCAAAUUUAUAGUUUCUGUCAUCUUUUUCAAGGCGUUUCUGAAGCAGUUCUCACUGAUUGGAGUUAAUUGAAUUGGCUUAAUAUGGUGACAUAAUAAAUCACUUAUAAAAUUUUAAACAUCAAGUGGAAAUUUAGAAAGGCUAUUACUCUACAAUUUCUAUAACCUUGCUCUGAAAGAGUUCAUUCUUAUCUAUAUGUAGUGUUUCAGCUUCCUUUGUGUUUUUCAUAAUCUUCUAGGAACAGAUAAACUUUAAUGUUCAGCUCAUUCUUGGCAUUUUUCCCCCCUUAAUGUAGCCUUUUUGGCCUAAUUUUGGCAAACUACUUUUCUUUUAAGACUAUGUUUCUGAAUGGUCAUCAAUUUUACCUAAAUUUGGAGGUCCAGCGCUAGCUACUGUUUAAAUUACUAUUGACUAAAUAUUCAUUUUCUUUUUAGCCCAGUGUUAUCAAGGUAAGGAAGAGAAAUGAAGUAUGCCAACUUUGAUCAAAGCAUUUUAGUAAAUCGUGGCAGUUUUAGAAGGCUGUCUAGUUUUCUAUUCUUUAGCCAAGGGAGAGCCAGAACAGAUUUUGGAUACUAGAGAAAGUCAUAUGCUUAUACUAUUGCCAUUUUAGAAAGCUCUGAUGUGAAUUCAAAUUAUACCUCUGUUACUUAAAGCCAACAAUUUUAAAACAGUAGUUUUACUGGCCAUUUGAACUCUUUGUACACAGUGUCAAUUUGUAAAAAAAAAUAAAAAUAAAAAAUAAAAGAAAAGAAAAAAAAGAAAAAAAUCUUAAAUAAAACAUGAGAGAACAUUUUAAGACUUCCAAAUCAGAGAAGUGCUUCACAUUAUUUUGUUUGGAUUAAUUUUUAAAAUGUAAAACAUAUACAUGUUGCUUAGAUAUUUUGUUAAUUAUUAUUUCCAUGCUUGAGUUUUGUGCAAUAUUUUUAUGUCCAUUGACCAAGGCAGUGACAAAGAGAACUCAUAAGUGAAUACUUAACUUAGAAGUGUUAACAUUAAUGCUUAAUAAACAAAUUCCCUGCAAUUGUUUUUUUAUUUCACUCCAUUUUUACAUCUUUAGGAUAUCUGUACUUAAUUUUAUAAAUUAUUUCUAUUUAAGUUUUCAAGAUGUUCCUUAUUUUUUAUAGCAUAGGUCUUCUCACUUCCAUUUUUAAGCAGAAAAAAAUACUUUAGAACUAAGAUUAGAAAUUUAACCUAAAGUUAGUCUCUUUCUCUAAGAAAAAAAAAAUUUGUUGUUGUAUAAACCCCUGUGCAUUCCUUGCAUUCUUUGUAUUCCAGUUUUUAAAGUAUUUUUUAUAUUUGUGGCCACUAUAAAAUUUUGCCCACAAUUUAUGACUCAAAAGAGAUGAUCAAUAAGUAAGAUGUUUUUCAUGUGCACGUGGAAAAAUUUUGGGUAGCAGUAAUGGAACUUUGUAUAUUAGUAACUUUAGCCAACAUUGAAUAAGGACAAUCUUUAUACAGUUUUCUGCAGUUCCACUAACAGGCAAUAUUUAGAUAAUGUUUUGAAGUUGAAAAUACGCUCCAAAACACUGCAAAUUAUUUUUCUUCAACUUGAGUAUAUUAUGUUUGCAUAAAAUGGUAUAGAAAGUGAAAUACAGAGCACAAGUUUAAGAAGUCUAGCAUAUAUAAGUUAUGAUGUUGAAAAUGACAGUCAACCAGAGUAGAUGAAUAGUCCCUAUGAAGAAUGAUUAAAUAACGCUUGGAUGGAUCUUUAGAUAGCUGACUAUCUGACUAUUUCAAGACAAAUAUUAGCCUCAUUUUGAGCCUCACCAUGGUUGCAAGUCCCUAGCACCUUCCCUUUUUAAAAAAAGAGCUCCUAAUAAGUAUGUUAACUUAUGAUAUAUUUAAAUGAUUUUCUUUCCUCUCUCACUUUAAGUAUUUCACUAUCUGAAUAUCAGCCUUCUGACUUACAGUGAAAUAAUUGAAUUAUCAGAUUGACUUGAAGUGGAGAAUUUACUGCUUCCUUAAAAUGCCUUUUUUUCAUCUAUGAUGGUGAAUAUUUACAAGUAUCCACAUAAAGAGAUUUUGGUUCCUGAAAUGCCACAAAACCUUUUAAGGUGGUCAUGUUUAUAAGGUAGUGGCUAAGACGUGCUUGAACAACUGUUAUAUGAGAGUAAGCAAGUUUCACUCAGUGCAUAAUUUGUCAUUGACUUAAAAAGCUCACCUCUGGAAAUUUAAUUUUUUAAUACGAAAUUAUGCUGCAUAUUACCCACAUAUUACUCAUUGACUUAGAAAUGUGAGAUGUUUCCUAGAAAUGUACUGAAUUCUUCUGAUUUCUGUUGGAGAAUCUGACAUCGAAAGCACUUUAUGCUUUUAUCCAAUUAGUUUAACUAUAUUCAAUUCCUGUGGUACUUCUCUCUGAUUGAGAAACUCGGUCCUGAAAUACAUUGUGUGCUUUGGAGGAAAAGACCAGUCCAUGUUGUUAGAGUAAAUAAUUCUACCUAAAGUAAAAACAGCAAUUUAAAAAUUUUGAUGCAUAAUAAAAAUAAUUAUAGCUACGUUUAUCUACUCAUGUCCCAUGUACUAUGCUAACCAUUUGUAUACAUGAUCUCAUUAGAUUCCAAAGCAGUCUUAGGAGUUGGGUACUAUUAUCUCCAUUUGACAGAUGAAACAUCUAAGCCACAAAAACGUUAAGUAGACCUACUCAAGAUCUAUAGCUAAUAAAAGGCUCAGAUUGAAACCUAAGUCUUUCUCACUCACUCUUUAUGUUCUGUACACUCUUCUUGUUUAACAUUUAAAUAGAUCCUUUGUUUUGAUAGGCUCAUUAGUUUUUGCUUAAUCUAAUUCUCUUCUAAUGUUUGGUUCUCACUGUGAUGUUUAGACUAUGAAGUUGAUGCAGAGGAUCAGUAUCUAAUUUACUGUUGGAAUUUUUAAUGUGCCAGUGUGUGAUCAUACUUUUUAAAUUUGGUUUUUAAAAUUUUAUAAGUGGUCAUGAAAUUUUAAUUUAAUAUGAAGUUUGUAUUUAAUAGAAAUCUUUCUGUCAGAAAGUUCUCUUUAGUGAGUAUUAUUUUACAUAAUUAUAGUACUAUGUCUGCUCAGUAAUUUUUAUAGAAGAAAGCCUAGGUAUUUUGUAUCAUAUUUUAUAACAUAAGAGUAAGUGACAACUCUACCUUGGAAAAUACGAGAAAAUCAGUAUUUCUAUUCAAAAACAGAUUAUUUUAAUGUCAUAAGUUUGCCAAUUCUAUUAAUUAUUUAAUGCAUUUGGUAGUUUUUAAAUGACUAAUGCUGGAGUGAAAAUAUAGGGAAAAUGUCCUCAGUGUAUUAGCAAUAGGUAGUCAUUUUCAUGUAAUCAAAAAUUGCAUGUUUAAUCUUUUAAAAAUUGCCUUAACUCUUAAUUUUUAUUCUUACCACUGAUCAGUCCUUUCUCUUUCCAAAUUUAGGGGAGAAACAACUCCUCAAGUAUAUAUGGGAGAGAAACCUGACACAUUAGAGUGUAAGAAUUUUAAUUGGUGAUUUGGAGCCGUUAGGCUGAUAACCCUGGGCUUAACAAGAUUGAUAGUUUUAAUCUUGGCCCUGUAUACUUUAACACUAUUAUUUGGGUGGUAACAGUAAACUUCAGUUCUUGUGAUAAAUAUCACUUUUGAGGGGAGGGAAAAGUAAUUAACCAUACUUGUUCAUUUUCUAAGUGUUUUAGAUGGUUGCAGUCUGCCUCACCAUACAAAGCCAAUUUAAAUAUGAAUAUAUCACAUCAUACUCCAAACAGCAAACAACCUCAGAGGAAAGUCAUUUAUUCAGAAGGCAUAGAUUUGUGUUAGACAGCAGUGAUGCAUUACAAAUAUAUAAUUAUUUGCACUAAUAUUUGAGCAGGUGGAAUGGAUUAGAACAUGGUCAACAUUAUGCUGCUUAUAACAUGUAUUUUUCUAUAUUAAUAUGUACUGUGCAACAUGUAUUAAAAUUGUCAAUAAUUCAUUUUAGCCAAGAUACUAAUAUUUAUAAUUACUAUGUUGAAGAAACAGUAUCCAACUGAGCCGCUUUUAAUUUAAAAGUCUGAAAUUGGAAUUACAUUUACUUUGAAAAACCACUUAAAUUACUUUAUAAUCAUGGGAAGGUCAGUAAAGCAUAGAAUUAUCAGUGACUGGUAACUUAACAGGAAGAAGGGUGGAGGCUUAAGAAUAGGGUUAGGAAUCUGCAAUGAAUAAGUUAAGUUUCAUUUAUUUAUAGCUCAGAUGAGUGACUUCCUUUUAUUUUCACUAUUAGCAAUCUUAAAUGAAGGAAAAUGUUUUAUCCCUUCCAGAGUAUCUUCGUACUAAUAUUCUAAGUCUGAAGAUUGGACGGAACCAACUCCAAGGAAUUAAUCUCCAGUGGUGGACUUUCAAAUAUUUUAGAUUAAACUUGGAGAGGUAGGAAGCCUUCUUGAUGCCCCUGUAAUCUUAAAUAGGCAGGUGCGUUUAAGUGAGACCAUCCCUUUUUUACCUGCCUAUCAUUUUAAUCUUUUAUGCUGUGGGUAAAUUUGGUUCCUUUGAACUCUGGUAUUUUGUUGUGGUAGUUCUAGCAAAUCCACAGCUUUUUGCUAUAGAGAAUAUUACCUAAAUGGAAUGUGGACAAUGCUGACCUAAAGAGAACUGUGAAACUACCUCUAAUAUUGUUUGCAAAUGCUGUGUGCUAUCUAGAGGAUUCACAUGAAAUUCUGUGAAAAUACUUUACAAGGAGUGAUACUAAGUGCCUCUAUAUUAGGUUUCACCAGUAAAAUGUACUUUCAUUUUUUGCCACAAGGGGGAGAAGUUAUUUUUAUAAUAAUACCUACAUUUUUGUUUGAUUUUAAAAAUAGAACUCACAUAGCUUCUCUCUUGAACAGCACCUAUGAACAUAUCACUAUCCUAACUAAUAGGAAGAAUGUGUGUUUGUGUGUGUGUAUGUGUGUUUAAAUAAGAUUGUGAAAGUCAUGUGGAAAAUUUCUGGGUCAAUUAAUGACAUAAAACAAACAGUUUUGAAGAACCUGUAUGUGCACAGUGGACACAGGAAUUGGGCAAAGUUCAUCAUAAUUAAAAUUAUGUUUUUGGAGUUAUAUAUCUUAUUGAAUUACUUAAUCAGCUCUUUAAGAACAAUCUAUUGAUUAGUUUUCUGCAUUCUGCUUUUUAAAGAAAAAAAUUUGAAACAAUCUCAAACUUACAGAAAGGCUGUAAAUACUGUACAAAUAAAAUUUUUCCGCUUUGAGAGUAA